AUGUAUCGUGGAAAGCCUCUACUUGCCCAUCCUCGGCCAAGACUGCCUUUGGUUCUCUAUAUAAUAUCAAUUGUCCUUUCUUCACUUCUUUUCUAUUGGGCCGGUGUUUAUUGUCGUUGGAAUUACUAUGAUUGCAGUGAAACGCUCAACUUUCCGAUGAAAAAUCGAGAAUAUGCACAGUAUUUCCCAAUCUUCGUCGGUCCACUCAUUUGUCUUUUAUCGGUGAUGUGGUUGAUGACAAAUGUUUUCUAUGCGAAUACUCCGUGUGCGAACGCGUACAAUUGUUUGGAGAUGCCGACCGCCGUUUUCUCAUCAUUGUUGGCCGGUGUCUCGGCGGUGAUCGAAAUUCAUUAUUCUUUUGAUUUCAAUCGACUCAUUUGGAGCGAACAAUGGAGUUGGGCGGCUGCUGACGCAGUUGCAUUGGGUGCCGUUCAUGCUUUUCUCGCGUUUGCCCUUCAA